AUGGCCAACAACGGAGGAUCUUCUAGUGACGCCAUGGUCAAGAUCAAGCCUCAGAAUAAGGCUCUAGCAUUCAAUGGAACCAACAUUGAGCAUUUUCUUUCUCAAUACCAACUAGCUGCACGUUUGGAUGGAGUGCCGGAGAAGGACAUGGCUCAACAGCUAGUGUUUUUCAUCGCAAAGGACAACCUGUUGGAUGUUGUGAAGACUUUGGAAGUAUACAAGCCACCAGACUGGCCUAAGUUGAAGGCUUCUAUGAUAGCUUACUGGGGAAACAUUGAUACCGCCAAUUUUAAUUCAUGUGUGUUGAAUUUUUGGCGGAAAGGCCGAGAAAAAUAA